CGACAAUCGGUCAAACCUCCUAUUGUAGCAGCUAUGCUGAUUAUUGUUUCAAUAUUACUCUCCCUGAUAAAAACUUACCCGAUGACCAGAAAUGGGUUGAGUUUCGUCUAGAGUCUCAAUCAACUGCCGGAUGGCUCGGAAUUGGUAUCGGUGAAGGAAUGUCUGGAUAUUUGAUAGCAACUUGGCUCAAUAAUGACGGUACAAUCACUCUCUCACAACGUUCAGGUGGUAUGCCAAAUGAACCCAAAGCGACAAAUUAUCAAAAUGAUCUACAAUUGGUGCCAAACAAAACAAGUGGCAUUAGCAAUGAUAGAUUGGUGAUAUAUUUUAGACGUCUUCAAAAAGUUAGAGAUAGUGUAAUAAAUGAAGCUCAAACUUUCGCAUGGGCCUACGGCACUACUCGACCAAGUGGUAAAGACCCAAAUUCGACCCUUACAAAACAUAUAUACAGAGAUAAUGCAUUUUUAAAUUUGGCAAACAUGGGCGUAGAGAGCUCGUCGGGUACUCUGUCAACUUACGAUAAAUUGGUCAUUUCUCAUGCUAUUAUAAUGUUUAUGGCUUGGAUGGUAUUGUUACCUGCUGCUGUGUUUGUAGCCAGAUUUGCGAGAAUUUUAUCCUUUUGGAUCAACUUGCACCGAGGUAUUCAAGUUUUCCUUGUAGUUCCUUUUGUUAUCUCUGGCAAUGCAGUUGCUUAUAUUGCAGCAGGAGGCUAUCAGGCUAGUGACCCCCACAAGAUCCUUGGCUUGAUUCUUUUUAUUUGCUUGUUCGUUCAACUGACUGUUGGUGUAUUUCAUCACGAAAUGUAUGAUCCUUGUCGAAACUACACACCUUGGUGGACUCAUCUUCAUAGGUGGUUAGGUCGCGCGAUUGUGGUCCUGGCAAUAUUUCAAGUUCCAUUAGGUCUAUCACUUUAUGGAGCACCAAUGUCAAUGUUCUAUAUUUACUAUGCCUAUGUUUCUGUUACUUUAAUUAUAUUUACAAUCCUGUCUGUUAACUUAUACCGCGCUAAUAGUAAGGGAGAUAAUAGAGAUGAAUUUAAAAGAAUGGAUGACUAG